UUUUCUGCGCGUACCGGAAGUAGGGUCAUGAGGACGGGUGACAUUUUGCUAAGUCCUUUAGCAAAAUAAACGCCUGCCGGGGGUUUUCGGGCUACUUAGUUGUUCUUUUAGCGCGUUUCAGUAACAAGUAGUCAACAUGUGGUAUGAAAUUCUCCCCGGCCUGAGCCUUAUGGCCGUGUGUUUGAUGAUUCCCGGGUUCGCCACCAAUUACAUUCACAAGUUCACCCAUGGAGGAAAGGAGAAAAGAGUCGCUCGGGUACCAUGGCAGUGGUAUUUGAUGGAAAGGGACAAGAGGGUAUCAGGAACGGGUCGCUACUUCGACUCCAAGGGACUGGAGAACAUCAAAUGAUGAUGAGGAUCACAACAACCCUGAAGAUCACAAAGUUUAUGCUUGUAAAUUUAAAUAGAUAUAUACCAUUGCUUUGUUAGCUUUUGUUUUUUCCCUCCAAGUCUGAUUAAUUAAACUUUUCCAUACACAUGAAAA